AUGAAAAAGGGCAAGGAAAAUGUCUUAGUCAUAAAGAGGGGUUCAUUCAGCCGUUUCAGUGAAAGAGAUGUAAACAGGAGUACAUCUGCGAAUCGCGCUUUCGGUACUGAGAUUACAAAUAUUUCCCAUAACAUCGCUAAUCAAUCGAGAGUGCAGAGUAUUGUUAUGAACUCCAUCAAAGACUCAAAGUCAGCAAGAUAAUAUUAAUCUCUAUCUUUUGAUAGACUAUCAGGAAAAGAAAAAACUCCUUAAAUUAGAGAUGCAUCCUCAGCUAGCAGAUAGAGUCAUCCGUUGCAAAGGGUACCAAGUUCAAACAGGGCAUCAAAGGAAAAAUUACCAAAAAUAUCAGUGGUAGAGAAGCAGCAAAUGUUCAUAAACCGUUGUGAUAGAUUUAUAUACCAAAAAAUACCAAAAUUUGAUCUUGAAAACAUCAAAAAUAUUUAUGAGGUUAGUGAGUUUGCUGAGGAUAUUCACUAACACAUGAAAUCUACUGAGAUAGACGGAUAACCUAGUUCUAGCUAUAUGAAAAAAUAAACCGAUAUAAAUGAGAGUAUGAGAGCGAUACUUGUGGAUUGGCUUAUAGAUGUUCAUUUAAAGUUCAAAUUACUAAAUGAGACGCUUUUCCUUACUGUUAACAUAAUAGACAGAUAUUUAACUUUGAGGAAUGGCUUAUAAAGAUCAAAACUGUAACUAGUAGGAGUGGGUGCGUUAUUAAUCUCGACUAAAUAUGAGGAGAUAUAUCCACCUACUGUUAAAGAUUUAGUCUAUAUUACUGAUAAUGCAUAUAGCAAGGAAGAAAUUCUGAUAAUGGAAAGCAACAUUUUAAUUGCUUUGGACUUCUCAAUAUAAUAGAAUUCUCAGUACAGGUUCUUAGAGCGAUACUGUAGAAUUGCAAAAGCUGAUACAGUCAUGUUCACCUUGGCCUAAUACUUCUUGGAACUUGGAUUGCUAGAUUCCAAAAUGUCUAAAUUUCUACCGUCUGAGCAAGCAGCAGCGGCUGUAUUAGUAGCUUAAAGAAAAGUAAAAAAGUAUAAUACCAUUGAUAUCUCAAAACUUGAUAAGCACACCGGACAUACCGAUGAAAGUCUUAAACCAUGCGCCUAAGUCUACGAAAACCUUUCAAAAUCUAUUGUUAAUUCCACCCUUAAAGCUGUAUAUCGUAAAUUUAAGAGUGGAAAAUAUUACGAAGUUACUAGAAUCCUUUAAUAGAGUCCCUAGACUUAGAUUGAACCAUAGUAAUGA